UCUCCCAUCCCUAUUAGCAUUUGGGAAAGAAAAACGUAAACAUUCGCUUUACCGGAUUGCAAUCGCAGCAAUGGACAAGUUAAAUUCGACUCUGACAGCCGUGAAGAACCUGCGAUUCAAUGUGAGGCAGUGUUUCGAGCACCUGGCCGACGGAACCGAUGGCGAGGGCGGAGAGGAUAGCCGGAAUAAGUUCGUGCACGAUUUCCAGGAGAGAUUCGGAGCCAUUAACUCGCAAAUGCGUGAGGUGGAGCAGCUAAUAAAUGGGCUGCAGGUGCCGCCAACGGCAUAUUCGCUGGGUAAUACGGCAUACCUGGCCCAGGAGACUUCCCAGGACCGGCAGGCGCUAUACCCCCAAUUGGUGAACAGCUACAAGUGGGUCGACAAGGUGCACGACCACAGUUUCCUGGCUUUCAACAAUCUCAACCAGAACACGCUAAGGCGCUCCUACAACUACUGCUCCCAGAAGCGACAGCGACUGCCAUUCUCCUCCUUCAACAAUGACCCAGACCACAUAGACAAGUUACUGAGUGAGAUCAACACCCCACCGCACACCUCGUACCGAAUAUUCCGUCCCUUUGGCACAAACGCGGUGGCCAUCGUGACCAUUAGCAAUGUAAUGAAGGCGGCCAUCGUGUUCAAAGGAGUGCUCAUAGAGUGGGUGACCGUAAAGGGAUUCGACGAGCCUCUGGAGCACGACGACCUUUGGGCAGAGUCGCGAUACGAGGUGUUUCGCAAGGUGCAGGAGCACGCCCACUCCGCCAUGCUGCACUUCUUCUCGCCCACGCUGCCCGAUUUGGCGGUGAAAAGCUAUGUGACCUGGCUGAACAGCCACAUCAAACUGUUCCUGGAGCCCUGCAAGCGGUGCGGGAAAUUCGUGGUUCAUGGACUGCCUCCAACUUGGCGGGACUUGCGAACCCUCGAACCUUUCCACGAAGAGUGCAGAAAUUGCUGAAGAUUUUAUUAAAAUAUAACACUGUUAGUUGUAACUUGUAUACUUCAUUUAUUUCAAAAAACAAAAAAUUAUAUGUACUUUGAAUGCAUGCGGGCGGAUUUUGAGAAAUCGCCGCGCUCGACUGAAUAA